AUGCAGACCCCUGAGUCGGGUGCGGACUCCACCUCCUCUGUCACUCUUCAGACCACUGUGCCUGUGCAGCCUACGGGCUCCUCCCAGCAACAGGCCCAGACUGUUCAACAGGUGCAGCAUGUUUACCCGGCACAAGUGCAGUACGUGGAGGAGAGCGGCGGCGUCUACACCAACGGCAACAUAAGGUCGUACACAUACUCGGAGACGCAGCUCUACAGCCAGAACAACGGCGGGAGCUACUUCGACACCCAGGGGGGCUCGCCGCAGGUGUCCACGGUGGUCUCGUCCCACGGCAUGGCCACCAGCGGGGGAGGGGCCGGGGGCAUGAGCCUGGGCCUGCCGGGGGCCAUCAGCAGCAGCUCAGGGGGGUACCUCAUGGACCCGGCAGGACCUCACUCUACCACACAGGCUGCACGCGCUUCCCCCGCAACUAUUGAAAUGGCGAUUGAGACGCUCCAAAAAUCGGAGGGUUUGUCAAGUCAGAGAAGUUCACUGCUGAACAGCCAUCUCCAGUGGCUCCUGGAUAACUAUGAGACGGCUGAAGGCGUCAGUUUGCCGCGCUCCACGCUCUACAAUCACUACUUGCGACACUGUCAGGAGCAGAAGCUGGACCCCGUCAACGCAGCGUCCUUCGGAAAACUCAUCCGGUCCAUCUUCAUGGGACUCCGCACACGCCGCCUCGGGACCAGGGGAAACUCAAAGUACCAUUACUACGGCAUCCGCGUGAAGCCAGAGUCGCCGCUGAACAGACUUCAGGAAGACAUGCAGUACAUGGCCCUGAGGCAGCAGCCGGUGCAGCAGAAGCAGCGAUUCAAACCUGUGCAGAAGUUUGACACCAGUUCCGGAGACGGAUACUCGGGCGGAGGUCAGCACCAACCAGGAGCCGCGGAGCAGACCGUGAUCGCACAGAGCCACCAGCAGUUCUUAGAUGCGUCUCGAGCGCUGCCGGACUUCAUCGAGCUGAACCUUGGACACAGUAAUCCUGAAAACAUCAGUCUGGACGACGUGAAGGCGCUACAGUCACUUUACCGAGAGCACUGCGAGGCCAUUCUCGACGUGGUCAUCAACCUCCAGUUCAGCCUCAUCGAGAAGCUCUGGCAGACGUUCUGGCGUUAUACCCCUCCAGAUACAGCAGAGGGCGCCACCGUCAUAGAAAACAGCAGCAUCAGUGAGAUCGAGGCCCGUCUCCCGCGGUCGGCGCUCGUGGUUCUGUGUCGGAACGAGACGGUGCUGAAGUGGAUGAGCACCUGUGACCACCUCAUGUACCAGGCCCUGGUGGAGAUCCUCAUCCCAGACGUCCUCAGACCCAUCCCCAGUGCCUUGACUCAAGCCAUUCGUAACUUUGCCAAAAGCCUGGAGGGCUGGCUGAGCAACGCCAUGAACACCGCUCCACAGAGAAUGAUCCACACCAAGAUUGCAGCGGUGAGUGCCUUCGCACAGAUGUUGCGCAGAUACACGUCUCUGAACCAUUUGGCUCAAGCAGCGAGAGCUGUUUUACAAAACACGUCUCAGAUCAACCAAAUGCUCAGCGACUUGAACCGAGUGGACUUCGCCAACGUCCAGGAGCAGGCGUCCUGGGUGUGUCAGUGUGAGGAGGGGGUGGUGCAGCAGCUGGAGCAGGACUUUAAAGCGACGCUGCAGCAGCAGAGUUCUCUGGAGCAGUGGGCCUCGUGGCUCGAUAACGUGGUCACUCAGGUCCUCAAACCCUUCGAGCAUCGCCACAGUUUCCCCAGAGCCGCACGACAGUUCCUCCUCAAGUGGUCCUUCUACAGCUCUAUGGUGAUCAGAGACCUGACUCUACGUAGUGCUGCGAGCUUCGGUUCCUUCCAUCUGAUCCGUCUGCUCUACGAUGAGUACAUGUUCUACCUGGUGGAGCACCGCGUCGCCCUGGCAACAGGAGAGACCCCCAUCGGGGUCAUGGGGCAGUUCGACAGCCUGAGCAGUUUAACCCUGACCAACAUUGACAAAGAAGAGACCAGUGGGCUGGACAGUGACCUGGAGGAGGACACCGACUCCUGCGGCGAACCGUUAGCGAAGCGCGAGCGCUCCGAGCACGAGGUGAUCCAGGUGAUCCAGGUGGGGGCGCUGGCCGACGGCUCUCACCCCGUGGUGGGCGUGGUCCAGCCGGGGGUACUGCACUCCCUGCCUCAGCCUCUGCCAGACCACAGCGAACACAUCCUGACCCCGUCCUCCGCCACCACCACCAUCCGCCACUGCAGCGCCACGGGCAACACCUACGCCUCGGUGUGA